GGCUCGGUUUUUUUUCUACCAAAAAAGCCAGCACCUGCGAAACACGCUGGUAGAAAGAAAGCUCGUGUUUCUUCUCCAGAGCGCGUUCCUUUUGAGCCUCUUCUAGAGGGUCAAGAAUCUUCAAAAGCAACACAAACUAGGUAUGAUGAUUAUAUUAGAGCCAUUCAAUGUUUGGAGAAGAAGAUAGAGAAUUUUUUAUUAACGGUUAACGAAUCGGCUAUCUCCGACCUUUGUAAUUUUGUGAAAAAUGCAUAUAAUAAAGGCAUUGAUAAAGAGGAAAAUACAAAAUUUUUCAAAUGUGUCUCCCAAAAAUUGCAACAAGCCAAUCAGAAUCAUAUCGUGUUUCUUAAUUCAAUGGAUUGUACUGACUUGAAACGAACAGAGAAGCAAGUAGUUAGGCAAUUUUUUGGUAGGGAGGCAAUUGAUGAAGACAGUGACAAUGACGAUUGUAGUAACGAAUACCAGGAAGACUGUCAAGAAGAUGAUGAAGCUUCUAUUUGUUCUAUCGACCCAAUUGAGGAUAUUGUUGAUAUGAAUACUUUGGCUCAAUGGUAUGAGUAUAAUUAUCAAAUUAAAGAUGGCCUGAAACCUUUAUCGAAGCUGGUUAUCAUAAUUCAAGAUUUCGAGUGUUUUAUACCAGAAGUCUUAGAAAACUUUAUAUAUAUGUGCAGUCAUUACCAAGAUAGAAUUCCAACUAUAUUGAUGUUAGGAAUAACCACUUGUAUUCGUGGCAUCGACCCACUUCAUGAAAAUUACUCAUAUUCAGUAGUGCGCUUGUUAAAACCCGUGGCGUUCUAUUUGCAGACACAAAAAGCCCGUUGCGAUGACCUUGUAUCUCAGUGUUUGGUAGAAGAUGCCCAAUGUAUGAAAGUCGGUGAAAAUACAUACGAAUUUCUGCUUGAUAUGUUUAUUGGAAGAAAGUUUUCGUUGUCAUUAUUCGUAUCGAGUUUGAAGUAUGCAUUGAUGCACUAUUUUUAUACAAAUCCGUUGAGUAUAUUGACAACUAUUGAACCAGAAGCUAUUCAUUCGAGGCUUGACUUGCUAAACGAAAAUCAUGUAGAAAUGAUACGAAUGCAAAUUUCAUUUAGAGAGUAUGUGGAAUCCAAACUUCAUCAGCCAGCAAAGGCGCGUCAGCUAUUGUGCGAUGAUUACUAUGUAAAAUCCCUUUUACCCACUUUCAGUCAAAAUAUGGCAACAUAUCAUCAAAGAUUUGCUAUUGCAUUGGAACUUGUAAUUUUUCUCCAAGAGUUCCUUCAAGAAUGUUUGAAUUAUGAUGUAAAAAAGUUAAAAUCGAGGUAUGAGUUAUAUUCCAUCGCAUUAAAAAAGCCCGGGCUCGGUGAAAAUGAGUACAUCCAAAUAUUGCUGGAUGAUUUGAUAAAGAUAGAUCCAAAACAAAUUGGAGAAUUACUUCAAAUCUUUGUUUCUUUACUUAAGAAUGUGUUUGAUCAUGUGGAUAAUAUUAAACAAGAAUAUGAGGAUUUUUAUCAAUUUUUGAUUCGAUCAAAGGAGAUUGAAAACGAUUUAACCAGGCCUUCCGCGUCGACUCGCUCUGCAGCAACAAAAAUGAAAAAUAAAGAAUCCACCAUUCUACAAAAGAUCGAAAAGAUCGGUGACGAUUACAAACAAUUAGUUAUCGAUGUUAUAAAUUAUUUGUCAAUAUUUUUUGAUGAAAACUUGCGACAUUAUUCCACCAAUACCCUAUUUGAAAUUUUUUAUUACCAGGAAGAUAUAUCCAUUCUUGAAUGUGCAUUCGUACCAAAAAUACGAUCUGCAAUUCAUGCUGCUCUCGGACUUUCUACCGAAUAUAUAAAUUGUAACUGUUGCAUGGUCGAUUCGGACGAUGAAAGUAAUGAGAAAGAUGAUGAUGAUUGGGAUUCUAGAGAGCAAAUUCUUUCAACGCAUAAUGAUACUUCUAUCCUAUACAAAUUACAUUUACAAUGUGGUAAAUUGAUUAACGUUCGAGAUUGGCUGGAUUCUUUUGAAAAUGUAAUAUCUAAAGAAAAUUUAGAAAAUAGAAAACUUAAUGAAAAGGAGGUCGUGGCGAGAUUUAUAAAAGGAUUUGAAGAACUUAAAUUAAUUGGCAUAAUCGGAUCCACAAGCAGAAAAACAGAUCAUUUCAAAAGAUUGUCAUGGGGCAAAUUAUAA